AUGACCCAAUUAUUCAAACAAAAGCACGUCGAGUAUGUGCAAAACUUGAAUUCGCAGAUAUCCCAGGACUCAUACGAGUACUGGCUUCUGGAGCAUUUAAGAUUGAAUGGCAUCUAUUGGGGUGUGGUAGCAUUGGCCACGAUGGAUAACUUAAAGGCACUUCCAGAAAACGAAGUAUUUGAUUUUGUGCUUAGUUGUUGGGACAGCAGAAGUGGAGGAUUCGGAGCAUUUCCUCGCCAUGAUGGGCAUAUACUUUCGACACUUUCAGCUAUACAAGUGCUUCUGAUAUAUAAUCGACUCGAUGAUCCAAAAGUGGUGGAUAAGAAGCCUGCUAUUGUCAAGUUUAUAAAAGAAUUGCAACUAGAAAAUGGCAGUUUCCAAGGUGAUAGGUUUGGAGAAGUCGACACCCGAUUCAUUUACACUGCGAUAUCCGCUCUUUCAAUCUUGGGUGAACUCACCGAGGAAAUGUCCAGGCCUGCAGUCGAUUUCAUUUUACUAUGCCAAAAUUUCGAUGGCGGAUUUGGGAUGGUACCUGGUGCCGAGAGUCAUGCGGCGCAGGUGUUUACAUGCUUGGCUACACUUGCAAUUACCGGGCAGUUGGACCGUAUUAAGCCAGAAAAGACAGCAGCGUGGCUUAGUGAUAGACAAGUAGAAGGGGGAGGGCUAAACGGGCGUCCUGAAAAGCUUCCCGAUCUGUGCUAUUCAUGGUGGGUGAUGUCGUCAUUGAGCAUAUUAGGGAAGGCUCAUUGGGUGGAUUUUACCGGACUAAUCAGUUUCAUACUCAAGUGUCAAGACCCGAAUGGAGGUAUAAGUGACCGAGCCGACAAUGAAACCGAUGUAUAUCAUACAUGUUUUGCCCUCGCUGGUCUCAGCUUGAUCGAAAUGAGCCAAAAACUGAAAGAAUUUGGACUCGUUCCAAUUGAUCCAGUUUAUUGUAUGCCAACUUCUGUCACAAGAAAGUUCACGAAUUACACCCAACAAUGA